CUUGCGGUUCUCAAGAUGCCGAAGAAAGGGAAAUCUCGCAGGUCAGAACAGGUUAUGGAAAUUUCGGGCCCUACCAAUGUGAAGAAACACAUGCACGUUACGUUUGACAAACAGACAGGAACUUUUUUUGGGCUAACGGAGGAGUUCAAAAAGAUGAUUGAUAGCAUGGGAAUAACGGUGGAAUAUAAGGCACAAAAUGCUGAUAGGAUCAUCAAUGCCUUGAAUGUCUACGAAGAGUCACAGAAACCCAAAUUUAUGGGGCUUUAUCCGGAAAUGGGUGAAUUUGAUGAAGAGGAUGAUAAAUCGGGUGGAUUGACACCAACCGGAAGCCGACAGCCCUCAAAGUCUCCUCCUCGAAGCCCAUUUCAAGAACGCGAAGUGGUGGUGGGACCUAAAAUAACUGGCGUGAUUGGUCAGAUGACAAAUGAAAUGAAAGGUGUUGCUUUGGCACCCGCCAUGGCUAAACCGUCCCUGCCAAAUAAUGAACUCAGUGUUCCCAAGAAAGUACCGACAGCCAAACCCAACGGGCCAGUUCUGCGCAAGCGUCCACGAAAAAUGACCGAUGGCGAGUUCUUCACUGCUCUGGAUCGGUUUAUCACUCCUGGGGACCCUCACAACUGCUAUAAUCUCCUAGAAAAACUUGGAUCCGGUGCCUCUGGGACGGUUUGGUUGGCCAGUGACAAGAAAACGUCACAGUGCGUAGCCAUCAAGGUGAUGAAGUUGGACAAGCAGCCAAACCGUGACCUUAUCAUAUCAGAAAUCGAGGUGAUGAAGGAGUUGCGACAUGAGAGCAUUGUGAACUACCUGGAAUCUCAUUUGAUUCGUUCUGCUAAUGAGCUCUGGGUCACAAUGGAUUAUCUGGAUGGGGGACCGCUAACCGAUGUGGUGAUGGAAACGGUCAUGGAAGUUCCGAUAAUAGCAGCAGUGACCAAAGAGUGUGUCAAAGCUUUGGCCUACCUUCACGAACGAAACAUCAUUCACAGGGAUAUCAAGUCCGAUAACGUUAUUUUGGGUAUGAAGGGACAAGUGAAACUGACCGAUUUUGGCUUCUGUGCUCAGCUAAGCGAUCGCCAGAGUACACGAAACACCAUGGUUGGCACACCGUAUUGGAUGGCCCCUGAAGUGGUGAACAAAACGGUACAGUAUGGAUCAAAAAUCGAUAUAUGGUCAUUGGGAAUCAUGGUCAUCGAAAUGCUGGACGGCGAACCUCCCUACAUGAAUGAGCAGCCCCUCAAGGCGAUUAUGCUGAUCCAGUCAAAUGGCAAACCAACUCCAAAGACGAAGGUUCAAGAUGCCGAUUUGAUUAGGUUCUUGGAUCGCUGUUUACAGGUCAAUCCAGAUAAACGAUCCAGUGCUAAAGAUCUUCUUUCCCAUCGUUUCCUUCAAAAUCCUGGUCCACUUUCUGCUCUGAAACCACUUAUUGAAGCUGCACGCACUUCACUGCGCAAGUAAUAACCUCAUGGGGGACUUUGAGACACCCGUCACAGUGCCUUUUUCCAGCCGGAAUCCACCAGAUAUGCCCUCCAGUAUUCUCGAGUCGCUUUGAGUAAAACUCCAAUCUUGAGUUUUUGAGUGUGAUGACUGUCUGGCAGUGUCCAUGGCAUAUUCCUGCCUCAGUCAACUGUAAGUCCCUCCCAUUGUGCAAUUUUUGCAAACACCACCUACACUUCUUUUAGAUCUAUGUUCCUUACGGUUCUCGCGCCGUUUUCCUUGCUCUCACCGCCAGGUUUUUUAUCAUGACUUCUAUUUUACUCGAACCUAACUUGCUCACCAUGUUCUUUUACUGUUCCCCUCCGUCCCUCCCCCCCCCGUCUAUCGCCACCCACCAAAUGUUGCUUUGUAUUACUAAUCAUGCUGUCUCUGUCUUACACUGCUCCCACCUAUUUCCUUCCUGCCUUUCCAUCCUUUCCUGCCUUCCUGUACCCUCUCUUCGAUCGUUGCCGUCAAGGCUGUGAAAUGUCUUUCGAUGUUUCAAAACUAACGACUGCUCACAGUAG